CUCUAAAAAAAAUAUAGCCGUUGGGACCCUUGUGAAACAAAAACCCUAACAACUAUAUAAACCCCCAAAUUCAACCCACAAUUAAUCUCAUUAAUCAUCUGCUCUCUCUCUCUAUCUAUCUCUAAUUGUGCUGCGAUCUUCUAAUUCUCUCGUUAAUCAACGCAAUUAGCUGCUAAUCUCUCUCUUUCCCUUAACAAUUUAACUAAUCAUUUGCAGGGUUUGUUAUUAAUAUCUUCAAUUUAUUUUGCUAUACUAUUAUUUUGUGUUGUUUGUUUGUUUUUGGUAUCUUUUGCUAUAAUUUUUUCAGGAAUUUUCUGGGUAUUAGAUAUAUCUAGAUGGAUCCAAGAGGAGCUUUUCAAGAAAUUGCCCUUCCCAGGAAGAAUUCUAAAGAAAAUUUGGACAGGUUUAUACCAAACAGAUCUGCAAUGGAUUUCGAUUACGCGCAUUUCAUGCUAACCGAAGGUAAGAAAGGUAAGGAGAAUCCUGCUAUGAGCUCGCCAUCAAAGGAAGCCUAUCAGAAGCAGCUGAGGGAGGUAUUCAACAUGAACAGGACAAGGAUUCUUGCAUUCAAGAAUAAGCCACCUGCUCCAGUUGAGUUCAUGCCCCAGGAGUAUGCUUCUGUCCAGCAAUCCAAGCCCGUUAAGCCACGCCGACACAUUCCUCAGACUUCUGAGCGUACAUUGGAUGCCCCUGAUCUUCUAGAUGACUAUUACUUGAAUUUGCUGGAUUGGGGUAGCAGCAAUGUUCUUGCAAUAGCUCUUGGAACCACUGUUUAUCUAUGGGAUGCAUCUACUGGAUCUACAUCAGAACUUGUCACAGUUGAUGAUGACAAGGGCCCAGUAACCAGUGUGAACUGGGCUCCUGAUGGUCGUCACAUUGCCGUUGGCCUGAACGAUUCUGAAGUUCAGCUCUGGGAUUCUACAGCCAACCGGCAGUUGAGGACCUUAAAAGGCGGUCACCGAGCUCGUGUUGGGUCACUAGCAUGGAACAAUCACAUCCUCACCACAGGAUCAAUGGACGGAAAAAUCAUUAACAAUGAUGUGAGGAUUAGAGACCAUGUUGUUGAGACCUACAGAGGACACCAGCAAGAGGUCUGUGGACUAAAGUGGUCAGCUUCAGGCCAACAGCUAGCCAGUGGAGGCAAUGACAACAUCCUUCACAUCUGGGAUAGAUCGCUGGCGUCUUCAAAUUCUGCUACUCAGUGGCUCCACAGGCUCGAAGACCACACCGCUGCUGUAAAAGCCCUUGCUUGGUGCCCCUUCCAGGGUAAUUUGCUGGCUUCCGGUGGAGGUGGGGGUGACCGAUGCAUUAAGUUCUGGAACACCCACACUGGUGCAUGCUUGAACUCAGUGGACACCGGCUCCCAGGUCUGUUCUUUACUGUGGAGCAAGAAUGAGCGCGAACUUCUGAGCUCACAUGGUUUCACUCAGAACCAGCUGACCUUGUGGAAAUACCCAUCUAUGGUUAAAAUGGCUGAGCUUACUGGGCAUACAUCAAGAGUACUUUUCAUGGCCCAGAGCCCAGAUGGAUGCAGUGUAGCUUCUGCUGCAGGAGAUGAGACAUUGAGGUUUUGGAAUGUAUUUGGAACUCCUGAAGUAGCUAAACCUGCACCUAAAGCAGCUCCUGAGCCAUUUGCCCAUGUGAAUCGCAUUCGUUGAUAACCAACUCCUCACAUGAAUCGCAUUCGCGUUGCUAAGAGCAGACCCACGCUUUUGAGAUUGUACAUUUGUUAUUUUCUUCUGAACAUUUGUGAAAGGAUUAUUGUUUGUAAAUAGGUAUAUACUUCAUGAGUUCAUGAUGUAUCUAAUUCUUCCAUAGUGUAAAUGAAAUUGUGAAAUCAUAAUGCAUAUAAAUUGAAGUUUGUUGAGAGCUUUACUCAACAGCUUUCUAAACCAUCCUUAUAAAAUAAAUAAAAAAAUUUGUGUUCA